AUCGCUGCUGGCUUGCCUGGGACUUUAUUCAUUGCAUUUGGUGAACGGUCAUGGAAGCCACGAACAUGGGUCAGCGAAUACCCCCUAUAUAAGGCGCUACAAUCAGAUGUAUGAUAUGGUACACAAUGAACUACUGCCCAUGCUAAAAGUAACGGAAUGCCCCAGUCUGAUGCGUAGAAACAUAUCAGCAAUCGAAGAGGAUAGGCUCAAUGGAAACUGGUUUCUGAUUGGCUUAACACCGCCCUUUGGAGACCGUCGGCGCAAAGACAAGAACAAGUGUGUCGAAGACGACUUGCCCCGUAUCGUUGCCCGAACCCCUAAGGAUCAGCAUGUGCUUUCUACGGAUAAUAUCAGCUAUCUAAUCAUUUACAGAUGCGACCAAAGUGACGAUGAUUUUGUCAUGGUCUUUCGGGUAUGGACCCGAAGUAAGAACCCCAGUCCAACCAUCUAUAAAAAUGCUUUGGAAGUCCUCAGGAUCAAUAAUAUAUCCGAAAAUGUGGUGGUGCGUGUUCAACCCGAUCGUGCAACCUGUACAAACUUUGUUGCAUAAUCAAUUAAAAUGCAAUAAAGCAACCUGAAAGCAGAGAAAUUGUUUAGCAAAACCAA